CAUCAUCAGCAGCAGCGCUGAUCAGAGCAGCAGGACACGCGCGCGCUCCGACCGAGGAUCUGCAGGCAUGAAGCAUCACGCGCCGCGCGCGUUUCCUCAGCCACAGACUGACUCCAAGGAUUCCAUUCUCUGCUCCUGUUUGUGAAAUCCACAAAACCAGCCAGUUGUUGUUUUUUUUAUUUAUGUGUUGCUAGUUUUAACAAGAACAAUUUGUUAGAUGGAGCCCCGCCCAAGCUACCAGCAUUCACCUAGGUACAACAAGCCCAAACCGGCAAACCAGCACAAAGAAGCAACCACAUCUUUGGGUGUAAGAGGAGAAAAUGGAAGAAAUGGGCCAUUGGCGUCUGAAGAGAAAAGAACAUGUACAGAUGCCUUGAUUCAACCAAAAAUGCCAGCCACUGCUGAUACACCAAGCACAUCAGCGCCAGUAACUAAUUCAUUUGUCACAUCGCCAUUGACCAAAUCGAAAUCACUUCUUCUCCAAGCAUCUACAGCUAAAAAGACUACAACAGAAAAGUGUACAACAGUCACGUCAUCAGUUGGUGCCAUUGCAACUACUGCAAGUAAAACUGUUCCAGCAAAACAUGCUGUUGGGAUGGAGGGCUUGACUCUUCCUCUUCAGACUACGGCAACAGCAGCAACCACUGAGCGCAGGCUGAAGUCUCCCAGCAGCAGCAGAACAGGGGAACUAAAGGCUGAUGCUAAAAACUCUCCCAAGAACCUCCAUAAAACCACUUCAUCGUCUCAGAUCAGCAUGUCCACCAAGUCUCCAAAGAACCUCCAGAAAACUGCUUCAGCUGUUGUAAUAACAUGUACAGACUCGCCAAAGAGCAUGCAGCGAGCAUCACUCUCUCAAAUCCCCAGAGCCACGUCCAGCCCCAAGCUCAAAUCCACCUCUGCUGCUUCACUCACAGUGGAAAAAACUGAUGCCUGCAGAAAAGGAGGCAGCAGAGAGGCCAUGCAUUCACUUUCCCCUAAACUGAGGACAUCUCAGACUGAAGACAGAGCAUCUACACUGGCAAACCGGCAACAAGCAGAGAGCGUCCUGCACAAAGGUACAGAACACACCAAGGAAGAAAGCCCUCAGGGCUGUAUAGAAGAAGAGGCGGAGAAGGGCGGUCGGGAAAAGAAUAAAGAGACUAAAGAAGGAGAAGACAUCCUCGAGGACAUGCAGGUGGCAAGGAUUCCCAAAGGAAGAGCCCUCGCUCUGCAGGUUGCCUCGAAAUGUCCCAUCUCUCCACAAGACAGGAAGCAGCUAUCACCAGGAGCAACAGCCCCCUCCGCAGCACAGCUGAAGGAGAUGGUAGGCAAGGCAGACACGAAUGUCAUGACCCAAGAGAGAGAGUGUGUCACAGAGAAGAGAAAGAGGGAGGAGCGGGAGAAGGAGGAGAGAGAAAAGGAGAGAUUGAGGGAAAGGAUGAAGGAGAAGCGAGGCGAGGAGAGAAGAAGAGAAGAACAAGAGAAGGAGGACAAACGGAAAGAGCACGAGAAGGCAGAGAAAGAGAAGAAAGAAGCUGAGAGGAAAGUGAUUACGAGAGAAGAAGUAGAGAGAGAGAGGAGGAAUAAAAGUUUAAAGAGCUUCAAGAAUGCAGCAACGAUGACUCUAGAAGAUCCUGCUCCUGUUCAAACUGCUGCUUUGAAGAUGGAGCCUGUUUAUGUGGAUGCUGGCAUCCAGGCUGUUGUGGAGGUGAGCUGCAAGUCCACAAACACAAGCCCAAACCUGACCCUUCGUCCCUGGAUCCAAGUGGACCCUGACCUCAGCAACAAUGGGAAGUCUCCCGAAACUGCUUGCAGUAUAGGAUUGCAAAACGGACUUAGUCCAGAAAGUAGUUCAAACUCCGACUGGCCGUCAGGGUUAUCAUCAACCACUGUAGCUACAGAGGGAGCAAAGCCUAAAUUCCUGGGCCCGCCCCCCUACAAGUCCCCGAAUAGCCACAAACCGUCUCUCCAGCAUGUGUGUCAAAUAGAGAUUGAGCUGCGCAGCCAUUCCUCUCUGUCGAACAGCCUGGCUUUGCCCCAGGUCACGGUCAGUGACAUCAGCCUGCCUGAUCACAGUAAAGGGGUUUUUCCAAUGGAGUCCAGAGACAAGGACUAUAAAGCUUCUUCCACUGGGCCUGGCUUGGAAGGGGAUCCACGAGAAAAGACAGAAGAGGCAGACAAGGCGGAUAAAGGUCCUCCUCCCAAGGUGGUCUGGGACGAGCAGGGCAUGACGUGGGAGGUUUACGGUGCGGCUGUGGACAUGGAGUCUCUUGGAUUCGCAAUCCAGAACCACUUGCAAAAGAAGAUCCGGGAACACGAGCAGCGAAUUGGAAACCUGCGCAAGUCCAUCUCACUUUCUGAGCACUCGCAACCAUACGGAAAAGCAGCAAACAAGAGGAAGAAAAAUAAUGUUUUCCGCUCGAUGUUCCGUGGAUCUACCUGCUGCUCAAAGACACAACCCAAAACUGAAGCAGAGCACUGACUGAACUUUACUGUACCUAUGAGUAAAGAUACUCUCUAAAACUCGAAGACAUUCCAAAUGGAUCUGAAGUACAGCCUCGGCCUUGAACUCGAAAUCACCAGACUCGUAAUAUUAAUGCCAACAGGCAUUAAUAUGGACUGGGAGAUUCACUAAAAAACUCUUGUUACAACAGCUUAUAAACAUUCAAGCAGCUACACUUAGUUUCUACCUAGUUUAUAAUGUGUCUGUUAAAUCUAUUUUAAUCUAUUUUAAACAUUGUUGUUACCAGGUGUCAAAUGAAGCAUAUAACUGGUUCACUUGAGUAACCAUAAGUCACAGUCUCUUCCUAAAAGCAAUGAGCACUUUUCACUAUUUGCACCUGUGUAAUAAAUAUAGCACUGAAUACAGGCACUCACUUGGCAUGUCACCACACAGUAAAUGCUAUUUGAGACUUUAGGGCUCACCAGGAUUCACCUGUAAAUUGGAUCUGGUGAAAAGAUUAGUGGUUGACUUGAUUAGUCAAAGGUUAGAUGACUUGUGGAAAGGCGCCAUUGCUCAAAUCCAUUUUUCGAUCUGAGACCAGCAUUUCCCUGUACUGACCCACUCACAUUAUUAUUAUUAUUAUUAUUUUUUUUUUUUUGCUGUAAAAUGGGUGGGUUUCGCUGGGAAAGUGGGUGUGGCUAAAGUGUGUGGUGCUUUCCCAGAACUCCCUAGGUCUUCAGAAUGAAGAUUUGUAGUUUUAGUAAAAUCUGACUAAGCAGAUAUUAAGAAAAUACUGUAUUAGGGCAUCUAAACACAAUUGUCUUCCACACUAAAUAUUACCAUGAGGUUAAUUUAAAUAUAUUGGCCUCAUACUCGCAAUGUCACAGUGUAGCUCCAAACAGCAACUUUUAAGUAAUGUUGGAAACGUGCAAAGAAACAUUUCUACAGGUAAUUGAAUGCUUCCAGGGGCAGUCCAGUAGUGGAGCGCUAUAAAUGUUAAAUAUGCCACUGUAUACAUUUAUAUUGUUUUCAAAGCCUGUUCACCAUCAUGUUAUUUUACC